AUGGGAGUCGAUCCCCCAAACCCGUCAGCGGGUUUGGGAGUCGAAAAACUAUUAAUUUUAAUAAAAAAAAAGGCCAACCCCCGAAGGAGUUGGGGGUCGACGUCCCAAAACCCACUGGGUUUUGGGUGUCGCUUACCAAAAAGACCCUGCAACGGCCGGGAGGAACACUCUCGGCCGCUGAGAGUGUACACUCUCAUCGGCCGGGAGGAACACUCUCGGCCGCUGAGAGUGUACACUCUCAUCGGCCGAGAGGAACACUCUCGGCCGAUGAGGGUGUACACCCUCAACGGCCGGGAGAAAACCUCUCGGCCGUUUCCUCCGGACUAUGAGAACCGACAGAUCAUUCCUGAGGGAAUGGCCUUUCGUCAUAAACGAUACUACCAUCUCUUCCACGAACUCAAUCUGGUCCUGAGCUCUGCUGGCGUUCAGAAAGCGAUCUGCGAAGAUGUCGAACAUCUCAAGACACUCAUCAACUUCUUGUCUCUGUUCACAAAUAUGAAUCCGAACAGACGGGCUGUCCAUCUACACGUUGAAUUCAAAUCUGAUGCAUGGGUGACUGCCUUCAACCUGACGAUCCAGUUGGCUAAGCUUUGCAAGUUCUUUGGAGAGUGUUACUCAAAGGCGAGCCCAGAGGAGUUUGUUGUAGCGGUUCGGACGUUGGUACCAAGCCUGAUGGAUCCUGAGCAAGACUUCCACGCCGUCCAGUUUGGUUCAUGUGAGGCGGUCGAUGACUCCUCCAUCGAUUCUGGGGUCUUCUAUUGUUGUAUCGACUUCAGGACCGAUCGAGAGUUGAUCAGCUUCCAUGGCCGAUGA